UGUUGCGUUAACCUGCUGGAGGAGGAAUAGGAGGAGGAGGAACACUUGAUCGAUAUUAUUUAGUAAACAGUCAUUAUCAUAACCAAGAAACAUCACAAAGUAUUAGGUCUGUGGUAUAAGCAUGAAAAUAUGGUGAUUACAAUUGCCGAAUUAAAAAUUAAUAAAUACAUAUAUAGGCAGCUCGAUCGAUAGCUAAAUUGCGUAUUUACAAUUGAAUAUAUUGAGAACAAUAUAUAUAAUUCAAUAUAUUAACUAUAAUACUACAAAAUAGAAAUGUGUAAUACAUUAUUUUAUAAGCUCUACAUUCAAUUAAUAAUUCAAAUAAAACUUAGGGUAAAAAUUAGGGAUAAAUUAGGGAGUUUAUACAGAAAAUGGCACAUUCCCGUUACGUACCUGCAUGUGAAACAGCUGACUGACAGUGAAUUGCCGAGGAGACAUAUUAUUGUGCACGCAUGUACGAUUAAAAAAAAGUUCAAAAAAAAAAGAAAAGAGAGAAUGGGAACAAAUGAGAAAAAGAUAGCCCAAAGUUGAGUUUAGCAGUGAUGUAAUCUCUUUCUGCGGUUGAUAGCGAAGGACGUAUCCAUUGGAAAUUAAAUUAUAUGCUGCUUUUUUCAAAGCAUGAGCGUAGGUAUGUAGUUCUCUCUGUGGAUAUCAGCCUGAAUGACCAUUUUUAUACCUUAUGUCGUGUAAUUGAUGCGGACUACGUAAAGAAAGUAGAUUCAGAUUUGAAAUUAACUGUGGAUGAUAGGACAGAUAACGUGAAGUCAUGGCUCAAGGACAGAUAACGUGAAGAGACAUAACGGAUUAGUAGGACUGUAGUCGUAGACAUGUAGUGUAAACUAGGUUAACUAGUAUAUAAAAAUGAUAGUCUGAAACUACCAAACAUGGAUCAUUCGUCAUGGAUUUCGUUCGCACGACCAUGAACGACAUUAUUGAAUAAAUUUGAAUAAAACCGGCUGAAUCUGUAACAUGUUCGCAGAAUCUGAAUUCCAAAUAUUUCCGUUGAAGGGUGAAAGUUAAUAGCGAACCUUCUGUUUCAGGAAAACUAUUUCUCAGUGCCGGAAUAUGCAGACAAUACGGCAUUCUCCACCUUGAAUUAAAUCCCCGAGAUUAAAAUCCCUACAGAAAGGUCAAACUUAUUGGAUUAGAAUUUUAUAUUUUUUACCUAAAAUUGUCCAUUCGCAUUCAAAACAUAAAAAAGUAUAUAUUGCAUGAAAAUUAUUUUACCAUUUGGGAAAACAAAAGUGCAAAUGUUACAUUUUAGCCGCUUACGAAGUGCUAGGUAUUUUUCACCGGUGCGAUAAAGGUACCUCUACAUUUCAAAACAGAAACUAAAAAAUAAACAGGAAGAAACGUCGUUAUUCCAAGAACUUAGGUCUUAUGUAUAAAAGUGAUGUUUCUCGCCGAGUGUUUCAAGUUAAUCCUUGGAGGUUUUCACCGACAAAAGCAGCUUUAAAAGUGAAAACGGCAAAAAGGACAAAACGAAACCAUUUUGCAACAUUUUAUGUAUGAAUCAUUUCAUAUUCUGGGGAAGCCCCUUUGGUAGAAUCGAACGUGGAAUCUUUCCAUUGGUUAUAAACCUUGGUUGUUUUGGAAGAAAAUAUAGACUGCAGUCUUGCUGCAUUAUUAGCGGAUCAAAUAACGUCUACUUCUCCUAGCGAUUUUGAUGGUCGCGUUUCAAGCUAGAUCAUCAGGUAUAUUCAGUAAAGAUAUUUUCAAACUGGAAUUACUCGAUGGCUUCAAUAAACAAGCUAUUUUUUAGUUGUUGUAUUCAAUUCUAGUUAGAUCAUCAGGUAUAUGACGUAUAUUCAGUAAAGAUAUUUUCAAACUCGAAUUACUUACUCGACAGCUUCAAUAAACUAGCCUGCGUGCAGUCGGUGCAGACGUAUGGAGAAAUAAGACAAUUAAUUUCUCCAUACGUCUACACGCAGGCUACAAUAAACAAGUUAUAUUUUAGUUGUUGUAUUAUAAUAUAUUGCCCUACAUUAUCUGGUAUUUGCAUAUUUUUAAUGACGCCCAAGAAAGAAAAUGUGUAUACACUAUAGCUUUGUCUUGACCUAUUCCCAAAACCCCAAUUUUACUAGCGAAUGCAAUUUGUAAAAUGGCAUUGCGUUUGUUUUUUCAUGAUAGACUUCUAGAGAAACAGACAGUACAACAGUCUGACUUAGAGCAGUUUUAUUUAUGGCUAGUAAGCCAGAAAGCAUCUCGAGACAUGAUGUGGAUGAUGACUUUGUCAUUCUGCAACAAUUUGAAAACAUGGCUGACAGUGGUGCAUCUUCUGCAUCUACCGUUCCUGAAAAGCAUACCUUUGAAACCUUGGAGAAGCUUUCAGACGACAGUUUAGCAGGAUCUGACACAAAUGAGAAGCCAAAAGGUUUGAAUAGUUUUGACAGUCUGUAUGAUCCAAGUGGUUUCAGUAGUUUGGGUGAUUCAAGAAUCAAUGAUGUUCCAUACUAUGAGAGUUCAAGGUUUAUUGACAAGCAAGUGGAGAAAGAGAAAAUGUUAAGAUUGUCAAUGGAAGAUGAUGAGAAGGUGGAUGAGCCAUGUAGUGAGAAGGGUGGGCCUGUGUUAGAUAAGAGUGGAGAGGGGAGUAAAGAGGGAGAAAAGGGUGGAUCUCUGGUUGAAAGUGCAGAAGGGAAGGAUAGCACUGCCGAGAGUGACAAGAAAGGGGUAGGUAGACAUGAUGCGGGGUGUGAAUCUGCAAUUCAAAGUCAUAGCCGCGAUGGAGAUCAGUCUGCUUUGGGUAUGAGUGCAAGUAAUGUUGAACAUAGUUGGAUGUAUGUGGAGGGUGAUGAGGGGGCAAGGAGUGAAGGUGAUUGUUUAGGAGUGGAGCUUGUGGAUAGGGAUGAACAAAAGGAGGAAGUGGAUGCAGAUGAUGAAGCAAUGGACAAAUAUAUUGAGGCCAGAGAUGGUGAGGAUGGUGCAGAGGAAGAUAAAAAUCUAGUAGGUGGGGUGAUAGAGAGCGAUGGGGAGGGUAUAGUGGUUGAUGACUCAGUUGUGUGUGAAACAAAGGCAGAGAAAAAAGAUGAAAUAAAUAUGGAUACAGCUGACCAAACAAGCCACAUCGAGAAUAUUCCAUGUGAUGAACAAACUGAUAUUUCCAAAGAACAUUUGAGUGGAGCAGAUAUCAUCCCAGCUGAAAAAAGCAUGCACUCUGAAAAUGAGAGCAGCAGUAUGACUGGUUUGUCCCACCAUAGUCAACUGGAUCCAGUAGAAGACAACCCUAUGACUGAGCACUCAAUACUGCAUGGACAAGUUCAAGAAGAAGAUUUAAGCAGCACUGCUAUCAAAAGCCAGGGUCUAUCAGGUGAGGGUGCACAUGAUGACAGUGGUAUUGACCAGCUCAAAUUAUCUAACCCAAAUCAGGUCGACCGGGAUGCCACAAAGUUACCAAACAAUGCCGAACAGGAUCUUUCUGAAGUACCUCAGGAAGUUCAAGAAUCGGUUAGAUCUGAACUAGCUAAUGAAGGUCUAAAUCAACCAAUUCCUGAAGAUAUGUUUUCCACAAGCCCAACCGAAAUUAAUGAACCAAGGCAGGAUCAACAACCAGUUGAAGAUCGUGAACAUGAUCCUGGCAACCAACCAGACGACCAAGAACCAGAUGAGCGACUCCCGAAAAGACCCACACCAGAGCAACAACCUGCUGGAAGAUCUAAACCAGGACGACCGAAGCAUCAAGCUCCACUCUGUUCAUUACGAUUUCUACUUGCUUUACUCUUCGCAAUAUUUUCUGCUUUUGUUGUGCAUAAACAUCCUGAUCUUUUAACUUUUAUGCGGUCAGCUAAGGCUCCACUACCGAAGCCGACAAUCUCGAUGAAAACAAAGAUCCAUGUUUCACCCUCUGCCCCAAGUAUGCAGCUCGUUGCAAAAUGCGAGGCUUACAACAGCUCGUACGCAAUACACCACUGCCGCUGGAGACAAAUCCACCCUCUUGCUACCACCCCCGAAAAUACCGUUUUCCCCGGGGAUGUCCAAGAAUGCCCACCGGCCAACCCCACCGCUCGUGAAGUCGACGCUUCGCUUCACGGCCUAAAGGUUCCCACCGAGUUGGGGACGUACACUUUCGAGGUGGCCUGCGGUCACGAGGCCGGAAACUCCGCGAUCAAGCGGGUAGAAGUUUGGAUCAACGAACUAAACCCUCCGAUUAUGACCGUGGGGAACACCACGUUGACCGUUUCGACUUCCACUGGCAUUGCAAAGAUGGAGGUCUCGUGUAGAGCAGUGCAGGGGAAGAUCGUAAAAAGGAAGUGGGAGUAUUUUGAUGGGCCAGAAGAAGUGGUUUUGGUUACGCCGACGGACGAUGGUGUUGUGCACCUUACCAAACCUGGGGUCUAUAAGUUCAAGUAUCGAUGUACAGAUGACUUUGGAGGAACUGCGUUAAGCUCGGCCUUUACCAUCCACGCGAAGCCUCCUUAUGUGCUUGGCAUUGAUCUGGGAACCUCCACGACUUGUAUCGCGAUCAUCAAAGAAGAUGGAACAAGACAAGAUAUCGGAAUUUAUGAAGAUGAGAGCGAUGUCGAUCCUUGCAUUCCUUCCGUUGUCGCUUUUGCUCUCAAUGGUGAUCUGCUGAUCGGAGAAAAGGCGUUGCGUCAAGCUGUUCUUAAUCCAGAUUCGACAAUAUAUGAGGUAAAACGUCUCAUGGGUCGAAGUUACUACGACGAUCCCGAUCACAAGUUUUCUUACCGAGUCAGGCCAACUCUUAAAUCUCAUUCACUAAAAGGUGUUCGUGCCGCAAUCGAGAUCCCGUGCGGAAAGUCCCGGAAGAAGCUCGUACAACCAGAAUUGAUCAGCGCACUAUUACUACGCCACGUCGCGAACUAUGCACAAAGAUAUCUGAAGGUCGCUGUCAAAGACGUUGUCAUCAGCGUCCCAGCUCAGUUCGACGAUUCUCAGCGAAAGGCGACUAUGGACGCUGGUUUGAUUGCGGGACUCAAUACGAUCAAGAUUGUGAACGAGCCCACCGUCGCAGCGUUUGCAGCAAACAGCCUGACCGAGAAAUUGCUUGAAACUCCCAACGAAGAGGCCGAAAGCCCUGAGACGGAGAGACAACGACACGCGGUGUGGGCUGUCGUUGCCGACAUCGGAGGAGGGACAACGGACUAUGCUCUCAUGCAAAUUCACGGGUCAUACUACAAAGUCAUCACAACUGACGGCGAUAAAACACUCGGUGGCAGAGAUAUCGACAUACGUCUAACUGAAGUUCUCACCCAAAUCCUUUCUGACAAAUACCUUGGCUUUGACUUGAACGAGAAAACGUUUCAACAGCGUCUGAGAAUUGAAUGCGAGCUAGCGAAGAUCCAAUUGAGCGAGCACGAACAAUAUUCCAUGACAGUCGAUUACGUUGACCCUGAUGGAAAUGCCGAAGAUAUCCCCUUGGAGCAUUUGUUAACUCGAGAAGAGUUUGAGAGUUAUGUCUCUGAGAUUUUACAAGCUAUGGUUAAACCACUAGACUCCUUGCUUCAGCGAGCACGAUUGUUGGGUCCACAGAAUGUCGAAGAGUUGUAUCUGGUCGGGGGAACAAGCCACAUCCCGAUGUUGAAGCGUCUACUUACGGAUUAUUUCAAAAACCUGAAAAAUACCCGCCAUAAAGAUCCUGUUCAGUUGGUCAGUCGUGGCGCAGGGGCAUUUGGGGCAGCCUUAACAGGUUUGAUCCAGGUUGGAAAGAUGCCACGAAUAGACGUUGUACCGCUGCCCAUUAGUAUUGCUGUUGAUAUGGAUGACAUGCACGUGAUCUUUGAACGAAAUCAUCUUUAUCCGUGCAUCCAGAAACGAGUGCUGACUACCUACACGAAUAAUCAAAAUGCUAUAGUAAUCAAGGUUUACGAAGGGGAAGGAAGAACAGCGAAUGAAUGUCAUUUUCUUGGAGAAUUUGAGCUCUCGGGCAUUCCACCUCUGCCAAAAAACGUCCCAGAAAUUCAGGCGACGUUCCGGAUCGACACAAAUGGCAUUCUAAGUGUGAAAGCUUCAUACGGGGACACGGUGAAAGGAAUGAAGCUUGACGUGUAUUCGAAAUCUGGAGGGAUGAUUGAUAAAACAAGAGAAAACAUGCGCCUUCUUUUGAAAAAAUUGAUGGAAGUGAGCCCUGCGGGUCAAAGCAAGUGUGAAGCUUUAGAAGAUGCAACAUUCAUGGCUGUCAUCCCUGUGAAACCGAAUAAAUCGAAUGUUCUAAAGCUCUCUGUUGAAUCUGAGUACGGCAGUGUCACGAUGGCCAACCGUUCAGAUCCGAGUGCAGCGAUUCCCGCCUUCGGUUUGGUUGCCGUUCAAGGCCUGGUGACGGAUUACGACAGCAUUUCCAAGGAGACUGACCUCGAUAUCGUGUUGGUGGUGGAUGUUAGUGGUAGCAUGGCUGGAGUUCCAAUAGUGACAAUGAAAAAUGUUAUGCUGCAAAUUAUUGACAGACUCAAGGAGAAUCAUCGCUUAGGUAUCGUGACAUACUCGACCGGCGUUCAACGUAACCUACAGCUUGUCAGUUGCACAGCACGAGAUAAACAGAUCGCCAUAGACAUCGUGAAUAGCCUUUCAGCGUUCGGCUCCACAAAUCUAUACGGUGGGCUUUUGGAAGGCCUGAACAUGGCCUACAAUGGCGGCAGACGGUCGAGAGUCCUUCUCUUCACCGACGGCUACGCGAAUGAUGGAUUAUGGAUAGAAAACGAAGAUAUCAUCCGGGAAAUUGUACGAGAGAAGACCGCUUUUAGUUUGGUAACGAAGGCGCAGGUGACGCUCUCGACUUUCGGUUACCUUGGAGAACAUGACGAAGUUUUAUUGCAAGAACUCGCGACAAACGUUGGAGGAGGCGCGUACAACUUCCUGAACGAGAACACGGCCCUGGGGCCCACCGUCGCCAAGGUACUGGGCGACGCUAUACACACGAUUGCUGAAAAAAUACACCUGUCCGUUACGCCACUGGACGAUGUCCAAAUCGUGGAGGCCAUCACGAAUUUCGAAUCAACACAGGAUGGCGAAAAGUUGAGCUUUAAUAUACCGAGUACUGCGGAUCAGCAAUCUCGACACAUUUUACUCAGGCUAGCUGUGCCGCCCACACGCGAGCCCACGGUACACGCAGGACUGUAUCGCGUGGAGCUCACGUACACGAACACGCUGACGGAACGUGAAGAAGGCAGUGAAGAAUUUCUGUACGUUGCCCGAAGCGAAGAGCUCGAUCUCUUGAGUAAGAGUCGCGAUGUUGACGAACAAUUAAACCGUGUUUUUGUCGCCAGACAAAUUAAACUGGCUUUGGAGGCGUUGAAGAGCGAAAACAGCAGAGAAAACUCCGUGAAACUCCUCAAAACGGCGUAUGAUAAGGUUGAGAAAUCCGACUCCAAAGGUCAUACGUUGAGUGUCUGCUUGAAAGAAGAUUUGAUGCAACUGAUGCAGGAGGUGAGCGAGGGCGAUUUGAACUUAGCCAAGAAAUCUUUGCAGGAUAGUUUAACGAGUCAUUGGCAGGAGAAAGGAGGAAGGAAUUCAUGUUAUGUGACAAGAAAAGAGGACAAAAUGAUCUCAAUAUUUACAACUUAAAAAUGAGUGCAGUGAUUUCGUAUUUUUUUCCGUAAAGUAUUGGGUUUUAUUCGUAGAUGUUGCGAUCUGUGCUUAUCACGAAACUUACACAUGUUUCUGUCAGUUAUAUUUGUUAAAAUCCUGUCCAAAAACAUCCUCGUGCAAACAGGGACAGUGCAAUGAAUAGUGUUUAAAUAGCUUUAAUAAAUUACGUAAAGAUAUCCAAUCUUUAUGAUUAUCGUAAAAUAUGAGAAACAGUAAAA